GCAAGUAGCAAGUGCACUUAAUUUUAACCUGUCAGCGGCAACUCAUGCGAACGGCACCCCUUUCCUUCCCCCGGUACAAUGCUGACGGAGACCGGAUCGAGGUGGCUCCUCACGUACACAAAGCCGAGGUCGCGUACGUGCACAUGGCGCCAGCGACCAAGGCGCAGCAAGCCGCGAGCUCCAUGGUUGUCUCUCCUCCCGCGUCGUCGUCUCCGGGUCCGACGAUGAUGCCGCCGCCGGCGGCGGCUCGGAAGCCGCUGCACCUGCUCCUGCUCCCCCUCUCGCUGCCCGCCCUCCUCCUGCUGCUCUCCCUCGUCUUCCUCCUCUCGCACACCACCUUCAGCCUCCUCAUCUGCCCUCUCCUCCCACGGCCACCCUCGCGGCGCAAUGCGACGACCACCGGUGGUAGUGGAAGUAGCGACAACCUUGGUGCCUCCAUGGACAGGACCAUGCAAGCCUUCCAUGCCUCGACGCCGCCGCCGCCGCCCCCUUCAAGGCGCAAUGCCACGGUCACCACCAGUAGCAGUGGUGCCAGCCUUGGUGUCUCCAAGGACCACAAGACCGUGCAAGCUUUCCAUGCCUCGGUGGCUGCGGCGCCGCCACCGCCAUUGCCGGCUGCUCCUGCUUCAGCUCUUAAUAAGAUGAGCCGCAACAGCAAGAAGGUGUCCGCGAAGAGAAACAAGAGCCUCCUCAAGCUCCUGCUCACGAUCACGCCGCAGACGCGGCUGUUCGCGGCGCGCGCCGACGAGCUCUUCGCGGCGCCGUGCGCGGGCCGCUUCUUCAUGACGUGGCUCUCCCCGCUCGCGCAGUUCGGCCGCCGCGAGCUACUCGUCCUGGAGAGCCUCUUCCGGUGGCACCGCGGCGCCUGCCUCCUGGUCGCCUCCGACACCAUGGACUCCGCGGGCGGCAGGGGCAAGCUGAGGCCGUUCCUCGACCGCGGCCUCCGCGUCGCCGUCACCUCGCCGGACUUUGCCUACCUCCUGAGCGGCACCCCCGCAGAGGCGUGGCUGGGCGCGGUGCGGCGCGGCGGUGUCAGCCCCGGGAGCGUCCCGCUCGGGCAGAACCUCUCCAACCUCCUCCGCCUCGCGCUGCUCUACAGGUACGGCGGCGUCUACCUCGACGCCGACGUCGUCGUCCUCAAGCCCUUCUCCGGCCUCCGCAACGCCAUCGGCGCGCAGGCCGUGGACGAGGCCACCGGCGACUGGAGGCGGCUGAACAACGCCGUGAUGGUGUUCGACAGGGCGCACCCGCUGCUGCGCGAGUUCAUCGCCGAGUUCGCCGCCGCGUUCGACGGGAGCAAGUGGGGCCACAACGGGCCGUACCUGGUGUCCCGGGUGGCGGCGAGGCUGCGCCGCCGGGGCCCUGGGCUCAACUUGACGGUGCUGCCGCCGCGGGCCUUCUACCCCGUGCACUGGAGCAAGAUCGGCGGGCUGUUCGUUGCACCCAAGGACAGGAAAGGCGAGAGGUGGGUGAAGGCCAAGGUGGAGAACAUCAGAGGCGAGAGCUUUGGCAUUCACCUAUGGAACAGGGAGAGCAGGAGGCUGGAAAUAGAGGAGGGGAGUGUCAUUGGCAGGUUGAUUUCAGACAGCUGCCUGUUCUGCAAUUCUUCCAUGUUUGUAAACCAGGAGUAGCUGCAGGAGCUUCUGCACAUUUUCAGCUGCAGCAGAUAG